GGCCACAUCCCACCGCCUGCCCAGCGCCCAUCCAUGGAGGUGACCACUGUGUUUCCUCAUUUUUCCACAUUGACAAAUGGACCAGUCCCGUGUGAGAUCAGUGUCAGCGCAGUGAUCAUACAUAUUCUGACGCUGCUCAUCUGCCUCUGUGGACUGGCUGGGACUGGGGCUGUCCUCUGGCUCCUCCACAUUAAUGCCAUCACUGACUUCAUCUUCAACCAGGCCAUCACUGACUUCCUCUUCCUCAUCUUCAUGGUCCCUUCCACCCUGCUCUUCCUGCACGAGGAAGUGUCCUGCUCCACUAUAAUGUCUCAGAUGUAUUUUAGCUUGCUUUUCCAGCUCUCCCUGUUCUCCUACAACAUAGGGCUGUACCGGCUGACAUUCAUCAGCUUUGAGAGGUGCAGAGCCAUCCUCUGCCUGGUUUUCUGUGGUUGCCAACUUCCCCAGGGCCUGUUGUGGGUGGUGAUAACUGCCCUGUUCUGGACCUUCUUCUUUGUUGCCAUCAUUGUCAAUCCCAUGGUGACUUCCCUGUGCCAGUCACAGGAACAGGAGCAUUGCCAGGUGGCUCUCCUCUCCAUCCUCAAUUUCUUCCUGUUUGUUGCACCCAUGCUCAUUUCCAGCAUAAUUGUCUUCAUUCAUUUCAACCCUGGCUCCCAGCAGCAGGAACACAAGAGGCUCGACAUCGUCAUCUUCCUCGCUGCACUCUUCAGUCUGCCCCUCAGUCUCUUGUAUUUACUGCGGCAGCUUGGGUACAUGCUUGUGUCCACCGAGGUGAUUUUUCUAUUAACCUGCAUCAACAGCAGCAUCAAACCCUUCAUCUACUUCUUGGUGGGGAGCUGGAGGGAAGACUACUCCUUGGGGAGCUGCUGGAGAGACUGCUCCACCGACAGCUGCAGGAGUCACAUCUCCAUGCAGUCCCUAAGGGAGGCCCUCCAGAGGGUGUUUGAGGAGCCAGAAGAAAACAUUGACCCCAGCAAUGAAAACAAUGCCCCCAGUGAUGAAAACAUUGCCUCCAGUGAUGAAAACACUGCCCCCAGAGAUGAAAACACUGCCCCCAGAGAUGCAAACACUGACCCCAGUGAUGAAAACACUGCCUCCAGCAAUGAAAACAUUGACCCCAGCAAUGAAAACAAUGCCCCCAGUGAUGAAAACAUUGCCUCCAGUGAUGAAAACACUGCCCCCAGAGAUGCAAACACUGACCCCAGUGAUGAAAACACUGCCUCCAGCAAUGAAAACAUUGACCCCAGCAAUGAAAACAAUGCCCCCAGUGAUGAAAACAUUGCCUCCAGUGAUGAAAACACUGCCCCCAGAGAUGCAAACACUGACCCCAGUGAUGAAAACACUGCCUCCAGCAAUGAAAACAUUGACCCCAGCAAUGAAAACACUCCCUUCAGUGAUGAUGCCAUCAUGGACACAGUGGCCUGA